AUGGAAAGGGGCCUGCAGAACUUCUUCACCCUCCUCAUAGGUGUGCAGAGUAUACUUGGGAGUUUGAGCAAUGGAUUUAUAGUACUGAUCAACUGCAUUGACUGGGUCAAUAAAAGAAAGCUGUCCUCUGUUGAUCAAAUUCUCAGCACCUUGGCACUUUCCAGAAUUGGUGUGAUCUUGGAAAUAUUACUAAAUUGGUUGACACGUCUUCGUUGUUCAUGUUCAAUUGUGGAUGGAGAAGAACUAAAAAUUAUUACAUUUACCUGGGUAGUUUUCAAUCAUUUCAGUCUCUGGCUUGCUACGAUCCUCAGCAUCUUUUAUUUGCUCAAAAUAGCCAGUUUCUCCAGGCCUAUUUUUCUCUAUCUGAAGUGGAGAGUAAAAAAAAUGAUUGUGAUGAUACUGCUAGCAACCUUGGUCUUCUUGUUUUUAAAUCUGAUACAGAUAAACACUCAUAUUGAAGACUGGAAACAUGGACGUAAAAGGAACUUAACCUGGAAUUCCACAGUGAGUGACUCUGCAAAAGUGUCACAGCUGAUCAUAUUCAACAUGACCAUGUUCUCCCUCAUGCCGUUUGUUCUGGCCCUGAUCUCCUUUCUUCUGCUUAUCUUCUCCUUAUGGAAACAUCUCCAAAAGAUGCAGCUCAAUUCCAAAGGACACAGAGAUCCCAGGACCAAGGCCCACAUCAAUGCCUUGAAAAUUAUAAUCUCUUUCCUCCUACUCUACACUACUUACUUUCUGUCCCUCCUCAUGUCGUGGGUUUCUCAGAUGCCUCAGAGUGACCUGAUUCACGCACUUAGCCUGGCUAUUGGACUCCUCUAUCCUUCGAGCCAUUCAUUUAUCCUGAUCCUGGGAAACUCCAAGCUAAGGCAGACUUCUCUUUUGGUGCUGAGGCAGCUGAAGUGUGGGACAAAGGAUGAGAAGCUCACAACUCCAUAA